CCCUCGCGCAGAACCCGCAGUCUUGCCCGCGAGCCGCGAGCCUCUCCCGGCCGGAGGCUCCCGCAGGUGAUGGCGGACGAGAGGGCGGGAGCCCGGGAAAGCGCCGCGCACCCGCAGCCCGGCCCUGCGCAGGAGCGGGGCGCGCGCCUGGUCCCCGCGAUCGGGGCCCGAGAAGCCGAGGAGCGCUGCCAGUCCGGCCCCGCAGCGGGCCCCGGGACUGCCCCGCCUAUCCCCGGACGCCGGGAAGCCGCCUCCGCGGCGACCGCCCCAAGCCUGGAAAACAGCCUGGUCAGGGACGAGGCCCCAGAAACCUGUGGCGCAGAGGGCCGAGGGGCACGGGCGGGAGCCUGCGGGAAGACGGAGGAAGUGACGACGGAGCAGGGCGCCAUCUUCAUGGAGGAGGCCGCGGAGAUGGAGAAGCAGCAGGUGGGGGAGGAGAAGCCGGAGGUGAGCGCGGAGGCCCCUGAGGCCCCGGCCCCCGUGAACCUUGAUGGCCUAAUUGUGGACCUCCAGUGGGAGCUGGAGGCCGUGCGUGCCCAGGCCGAGAGGGCCUACCUCGGGCUCCAGCGCAGUUUAGGGCGGAUGCGCAGGUUGCACCUAGCUCGUAGGAGCUUCAUCAUCCAGAAUAUUCCUGGCUUCUGGGUCACUGCCUUCCUGAACCACCAGCAGCUGUCAGCCUUGAUUAGCCCCCGAGAUGAAGACAUGCUCUGCUACUUGAUGAAUUUGGAGGUGAGGGAGCUCAGGCACGCCAGAACAGGUUGCAAGUUCAAGUUCCGCUUUUGGAAUAACCCCUACUUCCGGAACAAGGUGAUAGUGAAGGAGUACGAGUGCAGAUCCUCCGGCCAAGUGGUGUGUAUUGCAACUCCUAUCCGAUGGCACCGAGGCCAGGAACCUCCGGCCCUGGUACACAGGAACCGGGACACCGUCCGAAGCUUCUUCAGCUGGUUUUCACAGCACAGCCUCCCAGAGGUCGACAGGGUUGCCCAGAUUAUUAAAGAUGAACUGUGGCCCAACCCCCUGCAGUACUACCUGCUGGGGGAUAGGUCCUACAGAGCCAGGGGAGGCCUAGCAAGGUGGCCCAGAGAUGCCCUUCCUAGGCCCUACGGAUACCAGUCUGGCUAAGUCCCGCCCUAGGAUGUGGUGCCUGCGUAAGACCCCCUUUCACCUGUGGACCUGGGCUUAGGCCAGUGGCGAGCACUUUGCUGUCUGCUUUCUGUUCUGUGCACACCGGCUCCUCUGCAUGUUCGUGGACUGAACUCCAAGAUUGUGGCCCUCAUGGCCAGUCUCUACUGUUUCCACAUGGCCUUCAUGCAGUUCUGGGUCAACAUCAUGUGACUGUCAUAAGCCACUGCAUCCACACCAAGCACUCCAUGCUGUGGAUGUGUACUGCCAUCAUCUUCAUGGCCUGGACCUAUCUAUAUGACAGUGGCCUUCCCGCCCAUUUUUGACACAGGCACCCACAAGUCAUCACUAGGAAGACCAGUCCCUCUUCGAGGCGUACUGCUUCAAGGCCACAGCAUGCUGGGCUUCAUAUUCGUGCUGGCUGUGCUCACGGUGGCCCCACACACUGGGUGUGGCAAGCGGAAUCUCAUUACCCAAGAUGAAGGGUGUGCAUUUGGUGCCGGCUGCCAACCAGACUUGGACAUUCCAUGACUUCAGAAGCACGGGCCAGGCUACCACCAAGUGGACUUUUGAACAUGUGGCAGCACAUUCUUUGUGAUCAUACUGCUUUUCCUGUCCUGUUUGGUCCUGUAUCACAGCCUGCUAUCAGCUUGUGAAGGUCCGUGUUGUGCCCCACCAAUGCCUGGCCGUCACCUUUCUGAUGAGUUUUGCCUGGGCUAUCAUCAGCCCUGUUGCCUGCUCCUAGAUCUACUAGCACCUCAAGAACUGCCUGUGGACCCAGGUGGGCCACCUGCCAAUGCCCAGGAGAGCCCCUAAUCCCCCAGGAACUCUACCAGGCUGGCGUAUCUGGGCAUGUGCUCAAGACACGGACAAGGAUGGGAUCCCUUCCAGGAAUCCACCUUUCUGAGCCCCAGUUACUGGACCUGCACCAAAUCCAGGCGCUUUGCCAGCUUCCCUGCCUCUGCAUGUUUUCAGGCUGCCAGGUUGCGGGUACUGGGGAGGGGGUUUCUGGUCAUGGGGCUUGUCUACACCUGCCCAGAUCUCACAUCAUUUUUCUUUAAAGUGAUGGCUCAGAAACAAAAACAACUGAAGAAGCAAGGUUUUUUACACACAGCUAAGUAGACAGACCUUCUUGUUGAAUUUGCCUCCCUUUGUCUGUCCCCAGAGAGGGAGAGCUGGUCCUGUAAACUGCAGCGCUCUCUUUGCCCGCUCUGUGCCCAUGCCCCACCCCCUUCAGCAAGGCCUAGAAUCUUCAAAAGGGGACAGUGCAAAGGCUGCUGAACAAAGAGACCAGGAAGUUGCCAGGGGCAGGACUAGUUAAUCAUUUCAUUUUAUGCUGUGUUCUUUUAGACUAACAUUAGCCCCCGACUCUUUCUUCCUCCUCCACCAGGUCCAAACUCACCAUGGGUUUCUUUUCUUUUUUUUUAAACUUAUCACUAACUUGAAGCGCACCGUCAUGGGUUUCUAUAGGUACAACAGCUGAGCUGCCACUCCCCUCCAAGUCCCCCCACCAGCCUGGCAGGGCUGUCUGUGUCCAUUUCACUUGAGGGAAGGAGGUGUGGUGACCACCCCAGACCCCUUCCCGUGGAAGUCCUUGUCUUCUGCUCCCCAGGGCCUGGGGAGCCCUACAGUGGAGAGGGUGCUGUUGGCAGGGGAGUGCAGUGAGCCGGAGACAGCUGAAAAGGCAGAUGGCUGAGAGAUGGUAGGAGAGCCCCUGAUUUUUGCUUUUUUCAUUCACCAGUGUUUUGUAAGUUAGAAGAAUAACAGAACACUGCAGCUUUAGAGAUUUUCUCUCAGUCUGACCAAGUGUAUAUAGAAAGCUAAUGCUAUAUGCUUUUUAUUUUGCUGCUUUGAAAUCAGACCCUUUGCAUCCUUUCCUGUGUUUCAGCUCGCGGGGGUAUUGAGCUGCGCAGGCCUGCUUGUUGCUUUUAGCUGAGAACUUUCACAGGAUUGUCAAUGUACUUCUUCUGUGCUGUUUGGAAACUUACGUGACUAUUCACAAUUGUUAUCAAGUUGCUGUGGCCUAUUACUAUAACUCUGUACUUAGGAGUGGAAUUUGAAUAAGGAGGUUUUGUGGGACUUACGACUGGAAGUUAUUACCAUGUUCUGUAAGGAUAACCUCCAGAAAGAAAUCUGUAACUCUAAUAGUCUUGAAUUUGUGCCCUGGUAGACGUGCUGUAAUUGACAUCACUGUAACUGACAUCACUGCUUGUAAACAGUGCUAUAGUCCUAAGAUGGCUUUGUCCAAUCAUUAAGGGGAUUUGUGGCACUUGUCUUCAUUGUAUGCAUGAUGA